UCAAACAAAGUCUAGAAUUUUUUCUCCUUUUGUCACUGCAAUUUGUAAUUGUGCCAAAGCAGGUUCUAAUGAAAAUUUUCUACUAAAACAAACUAAAAUCAACUGAAAAAUUCUUUUCCAUUAUCAUUAAAGUAAAAUAAAAAAAUGAUUCUCGAGGAGGACAUAGAAAUGUUGAUGCCUAAUGUUGUGCCGUCGCCGCCUGUCUUGCAGGAAGCCAAUGUUAUGGAUCCCAUUGCAGAGGAAGAAGAACUCUACGAAGACGUUGAAUAUAUCGAUGACUAUGAUGAUGAAGAAGGUCAUGGUGAAGAUGGUCAUGAUGAAGAAGGUCCCGAUGAAGAUGGUCAUGAUGAAGAAGGUCAUGAUGAAGAUGAAUUUUAUUUAGAGGAGCUCGAUAGCGAUGAGGAAUAUGAUUGUGAUUAUGUCUUUGUUUUCCAUUCCACUUUCCAAUAAAAUGUUGGCAAGAACACCCCAACUGACCACAGUCUACCGGUGGUGUCAUAAAUGAAA